CCUAACCACAUUUCCGGAUCGAGUGAUUCAAGUUGUUAGUAUACUUAUUGUACGAAUGUGUUAUCUAUUUGCGCUCAUAUACUUGAUUUCAUGGACCAUAACCUAGCUUUUGUGAUCUCAAAAUAAUUCAUCAAAACAAAUGAUGGAACAGCUUUUUACUGUGGGAUUGAUAACAUUGAUUGUGGUUUUCAUAACUUAUUUGAUAUAUAUCCGAUAUUUGACACCAGGUGAUACUCUUCCUGGACCAAAGGCAUGGCCCUUUUUAGGAAAUCUUAUCAUGGUUAGUAGAGCCAAAAACUUUUACCAGCUGACAAAAGAUUUACAAAAGGAGUAUGGGAACGUUUUCAAAUUAAAGUUAGGGCAGAUAACUAUUGUGUUUAUUUCCGGACACACGAAUAUAUCCAAAGUUAUGGUUGAUGAUGGCGAAAACUCAUCGCAUAGACCAACCUGGAUGUUUUGUCCUAAGCACAUCUUUAAAGGAAAAGGCAUUGUAUGGGCGAAUGGACAUCAGUGGCUGGAAUUAAAUAAACUAAUAAUGCAGGCUCAACAUGAGACAACAGUCAUAGAGAAUAUGCAACAACAGCUAGCUCUAGAGGUCAACAAACUUUGCCAAUGUUUCAGUCCAAAUGAAGCCACGGAUCCGUUAGACCAUUUCUUUAACAGUACAUUUAAUAUAAUGUCGAUAGUGGCAUUCGGAAAAAGAUUUGAAUAUGAGGAACCUGAUUUUACGACGUUGCGUACUAAAGUUAAGUACAUCUUUAAACAUGGUCAAAGUUUGGGUAGAAAGGAAACUUUGUUUAGCUGGCUUGCUCUGUUUACAAAAUCUCAGGUCAGUGAGGUUGUUGGAGAAAUGGACAAACUUCACGCAUUAAUUAAACGAAAACUUGAGAAUCAUAUUACUGACCAUAAUUCAAAGAUCCCACGUGAUCUGUUGGAUGUGUAUUUGAAUCUAUCUGAAACAGAAAGAAAAGACAGUGCCUUAUCAGAAUCUAAUUUUUUCCAAGCUAUCAUUGAUAUGUAUAUAGCAGCAUAUGAGACGUACACAGGCACAAUGAUGGCAUUGGUGUUUUAUCUGCUGAAAUACCCGGAUGUCCAGAAAAAAUGCAGGGAGGAAAUACAUAGGGUGUGUAGAGGAAAACAAACAGUAACGAUCGAAGACAGAGAUGAACUACGUUAUGUGGAAUCAACUAUUAAAGAAGUAUUACGUAUUGCUAAACCAGUUGUACUUGCCAUUUACAGAACCAAUCCGCGUGAAAUAAAAGUAGAGAAAAAUACUAUUCCAGCUGAGUCUAUCAUAUUGUUUGAUUUAAAUGAUCCACAGAUCGACCCUAAACUAUGGGACCGUCCUAAUGAAUUUGAUCCUGACAGAUGGACAACGCCACAGAAGAAUGGAUACCUUCCCUUUGGUAUAGGACCAAGGAGAUGUGUAGGUGCACCAACAGUCGAAAUGUCUCUUUUCUUUAUGAUAACAAAUAUACUGAAGAAGUUUGAAUUGAUACCCGAAGACGAGAGAAACUUGCCUAUGGAACGAGACUGGACUGGCAUAUCUCUGUUUCCUAAACCCUUUAAAAUGUUCAUGAAGCCCGUUGAAUAUUAUAACAAAGCAUAAUGUGCAAAUACUACAAAAUUUGUAUUUAGCAACAUAGUUAUGCAAUUUAUAUACUUCUGUACUGUGAAAAAAUCAAUAAAUAUAAUUUCCCUUC